CACUUUAAUAAACAAAUUUAUUAAGAUUAUAACAUGUUAAGUUAAAAUUAGUUACUUUAUUAAUAAAUCAAUUUUAAUAUUGUUUAGUUAAAUUAAUACUUGCUUUCAAAAGGUCUCCUACACAAGACCUCUCCUGAUCCUCCCCGGGCUUCCCCUCCCUCCUCCACUUUAUACUUUGUAUCUAUUUAUACAGACAUAGAUACAAAGUAGAGAGGGCCAUUUGAGGUUGGCAUAGAGAACAUCUGCAGGAUUCUUUCGCUGACGGCAGGCGGAGCUGCGGUUCUACAAGUCUCCCGAGGGUGCCUCCUCAAUGCCAAUGCGCUUCUACCAUCGGCAGGCACUCGAAAACACGUGGCUUUGGGAAGAACUAGCCGGCCAGCUGUAAAUGAUGCCCCCUUGCCACCCAUACAGCACGCAACUGUUCACGCCAAGGGAGUGGGGUUCCCUGGCAUGACUCUAAUGCCCUUGGGCAACAAAAACUGUCUUUAGCUUCAGGCACGCUUCCAUCUCUCCUCCAAGCUGGCUACUUUCUGUUACCCUGCUGAGGCCCCUACCAGCGGUGCUAGAGCAGGGUACUCUGCGCCUGCACUGAGUCCAGCGGAAUAUGCAAUGAGAUGAGAGGCGGCCAACACAGGCAUCAGCCCGAAGGAAGCGCGAAAUACAUGCUGCAGGGCAGAGCCCCGAAUCUGACACUGCACAUGCAAAAAAAGCACGAGCCUCCGUCUACUAUCAAGUUCCCGGAGGAGAGCGCCCGGGCUGGAGGUAUGUUCGAAUUUCAUUGGCUGGGCCUUGGGCGGCCCCACCUUUUUCUGGAGAACUCCGAUCUCUAAUUGGUUUUUGUGUCCUUGCUGACCACGCCUCCUCCCCUCACACAUACACAAGAGUCACGCGCCUUGCAGUUGGAAACUUGGCGUGGUGAGGGGGCCGGGGCAAAGAUCGCCCCACCCCCUUACUUUUCUAUUGGCCCAUGGAGCAGCCGGCGGCCACGCCCUCAUUCCAGCCCCCUAACUGAGAGGGCGGGUGCUGUCUCCUGACUGGUUGGCCUACGUGCUCUUCAAGUUGGUGCCCGACCGCUCCCGCCUCCUCCCCCUCCCCACUCGGGCUAGAGGUCCAGUAUUUGGCCCGGGCAGUGUCAGUGUCAGCAAGGGAAGGGGGCAGCGAGGCGCUGGGGUAGGACUCCCGGUGGCAGCCCAACUGAGGUGCCGGUGCCUGCGCCUCGGGCAGCCAGAGAGAAGGAUGAAGCCGCAGCCGGAGCAGCCCCCUUAUGAUUGGCUGUGGCGGUUGUAAGCCCGGAGUAAAGAUGGCGGGCGGGCCGGUGGCCGCCGCACUGCCCACUUGGAAGAUGGCGGCGCGCCGCAGCCCCAGUGCCCACGGCCGGGAGGUCUUGCGGGUGGUGGCGGGGCUGCUGCUGAUGCUGAGCUGCUGCUGCGGUAGGGGCAGCUGCGCGGGGGGUGGCGAGGCGGAGGAGACGGUAAUCAUCGGGCUGAGGCUGGAAGACACGAACGACGUGUCGUUCAUGGAAGGGGGGGCGCUGCGGGUGAGCGAGCGAACCCGGGUCAAGUUGCGGGUCUACGGGCAGAACAUCAACAACGAGACCUGGUCUCGCAUCGCCUUCACCGAGGAGAAGCGGGAGCAGCAGGGCCAAGGGGAGAGGGGGACUGGGGGCUCCCUGCAGCCGGAGCCAGAGAGCGGCCCCCAGCGCUGCGGCAUCCGCACCUCGGACAUCAUCGUUCAGCCCCACAUCACCCUCAAUCGCCGCACGUCGGGCAUCAUCGAGAUCGAAAUCAAGCCUCUGCGCAAGACGGAGAAGAGCAAAUCCUACUACCUGUGCACGUCGCUCUCCACCCCGCCCGUGGCGGCCAGCGACCCCGGCUCGGCUGGCAGCCCCGUGGGGGGCAAAGGCGGCCGCGGUGUAGCUGGGCUCCCCCCGCCCCCGUGGGCAGAGACCACCUGGAUCUACCACGAUGGAGAGGACACGAAGAUGAUCGUGGGGGAGGAGAAGAAGUUCUUGUUACCUUUCUGGCUGCAGGUGAUCUUCAUCUCGCUGUUGCUCUGCCUCUCCGGGAUGUUCAGCGGCCUCAACCUGGGACUGAUGGCGCUGGACCCCAUGGAGCUGCGUAUCGUGCAGAACUGCGGCACGGAGAAGGAGAAGAAUUACGCCAAGCGCAUCGAGCCCGUGCGCAGGCAAGGCAACUACCUGCUGUGCUCCCUGCUGCUGGGCAACGUGCUGGUCAACACUACCCUCACCAUCCUGCUGGACGACAUCGCUGGCUCCGGCCUGGUGGCCGUGGUGGUUUCCACCAUUGGCAUAGUCAUCUUUGGGGAGAUUGUGCCCCAGGCCAUCUGUUCCCGGCACGGCCUGGCAGUAGGCGCCAACACCAUCUUCCUCACCAAGUUUUUCAUGAUGAUGACCUUUCCUGCCUCCUACCCGGUCAGCAAGCUGCUGGACUGCGUCCUGGGCCAGGAGAUCGGCACAGUCUACAACCGCGAGAAGCUGCUAGAGAUGCUUCGCGUCACCGACCCCUACAACGACCUCGUUAAGGAGGAGCUCAACAUUAUUCAAGGGGCGCUGGAGCUCCGCACCAAGACGGUGGAGGACGUGAUGACUCCACUUCGGGACUGCUUCAUGAUCACUGGAGAGGCAAUCCUGGAUUUCAACACGAUGUCAGAGAUCAUGGAGAGCGGCUACACUCGCAUCCCCGUCUUCGAAGGGGAGCGCUCCAACAUUGUGGACCUUCUCUUUGUCAAGGACUUGGCUUUCGUUGAUCCCGAUGACUCCACUCCCUUGAAAACCAUUACGAAGUUUUACAAUCACCCUUUGCAUUUUGUUUUCAAUGACACUAAGCUGGACGCCAUGCUGGAAGAGUUUAAGAAAGGUAAAUCUCACCUGGCCAUAGUGCAACGGGUAAACAAUGAGGGAGAAGGGGAUCCUUUCUAUGAAGUGCUGGGAAUUGUCACUUUGGAAGAUGUGAUUGAAGAAAUCAUCAAGUCGGAGAUCCUAGAUGAAACGGAUUUGUACACUGAUAAUAGGACUAAAAAGAAAGUGGCCCAUCGGGAAAGGAAGCAGGAUUUCUCUGCCUUCAAGCAGACAGACAGUGAGAUGAAGGUUAAAAUAUCACCACAGCUGCUCCUGGCAAUGCACCGUUUCCUAGCAACAGAAGUAGAAGCAUUUAGCCCGUCCCAGAUGUCAGAGAAGAUCCUUCUAAGGCUGCUAAAACAUCCAAAUGUCAUCCAGGAGCUGAAAUACGAUGAGAAGAACAAGAAAGCCCCAGAAUACUACCUCUACCAGAGAAACAAACCUGUAGACUACUUCGUUCUCAUUUUGCAGGGGAAAGUGGAAGUUGAAGCUGGGAAAGAAGGGAUGAAGUUUGAAGCAAGCGCUUUUUCCUACUACGGCGUGAUGGCGCUCACGGCGGCUCCAGUUCCUUUGUCCCUGUCUCGUACCUUUGUUGUCAACAGAACAGAGUUGUUAGCAGCAGGUUCUCCAGCUGAAAACAAGUCACCUCCUCGUCCGUGCGGCUUGAAUCAUUCUGAUUCUCUCAGUAGAAGUGACCGGAUUGAUGCUGUGACCCCAGCUCUAGGGAAUAGCAACAAUCAGCUUAAUUCAUCUUUUCUUCAAGUGUACGUUCCUGAUUACUCAGUGAGAGCCCUCUCAGACAUUCAGUUUGUGAAGAUCACAAGACAGCAGUACCAAAAUGCCUUGAUGGCAUCCCGGAUGGACAAAACUCCUCAGUCUUCAGACAGUGAAACCACUAAAAUUGAACUGACUCUUACGGAGCUGCAUGAUGGGUUGCCAGAUGAAACGGCUAACCUGCUCAAUGAACAGAAUUGUGUGACUCACAGUAAGGCCAAUCACAGUCUACAUAGUGAAGGCGCCAUCUAGGACUUGUUCCCAGUCCCUCUAGCCCUGGAUUGUCAUUGUCUGAAGCAGUGCUCUGCCACGUCGCUGCUCUCCUCGGUCUCCUUAGCAGGACCCCCUCUGGCCCUUCUCCCCGUCUGACUGCAAGUCCCCUUAGUAUGUGCUCCUACGCCAUGCUGCCUCCUGCACCAUUCUGAGACCAAAGACUUUGCGCCCUUCCUGGGAACAGCAGAGGAAGCAAUGCGAGGGAUGGCGCGGGAGGCAAAGACACAGAGCCCCCCGCCCAGAAACAGCGAGCUGGAUUCCAGACAUGUGCUUCCUCCUGCUCCAAUAGAAUCAUGUUUAUUUUUCCGGCCAGACCUUUUAUCCUGGUUCAUUUGCCUCCUUCUUAGAUAAGCAUGAAGAAGUUUAAAAUUGUUGCAAUUUAUUUUUUCAAGAGAUCAUGUUUUUAAAAGUCUUUUGCAGAGUUUUAAAUUGUUCUUGUUCUGUCUGAACUCUGCUGUGAUCCCAUGAACUGAUCCUGACUUGGUGGAUUUUGCCCCUCCACCCCAAUGGUCUCUGGUUUUUCCCAGCAGCCUCCUGGAUAGGCAGCACCAUCAUUCCUAUGCGAGUCCCUCUCUGCCCUGAAGGACACAGUGAAGAAACCUGGGGUCGAUGUAAGCGCCACAGGACCUACCGAGUUCGCUAUUAUGCGGGAGAGGUUCAGAGAGCAGUCUGCUGACCAUGGGGGAUUUGACAGUUAGCUGGGCCUCUUUCCCUCAGGAAGUCUUAGAAUUUGAUUUGAAAACGUGGUUUUGUUCCCACACCGGGGAAUUUUAACAACAAAAUAUGUUUUAUUGAAUUUUAAACUUGUUGGAUAAUAGAACAAUGGGCCUGGGGAAUAUUCAGCCUCUCCGACUGGUGUUCAGCCUAAGCAGGGAUCUCAGGUUCAGGUCAGCCUUCCUCCCAACCCUGGGGCGUCCCUUCUCUGAAGGAGAAGGGGAGAGGACAAGGAGACCACCCACUCGUUCCUCAGCUUUAAAGAGCUCUAAGUCCAGUUCCCCAAACCUCAUUGUUGUUCAUCCAAGAUGCUGCUAUACUGAUGCCAAAAGGAAAUCUUCUCUGGGGCUUUUCAAAAGAAAUAUGAGAUGGACUCCAAGGCUCCUCCCCUCCACAUUGAAAUCUAACGGUCUGGGAAGGCAUUUCCACUGCAGGUUGUGUUCCUCGAGAUGCAGUAUGGGAGCCUCGGUUUCUAGGGGGUGGGGACUCACUGGGGACUUUCAGGGAAACCGCUCUUCCCUUUCCCCUUCUUUCCCUCUUCUUGUUUUUAGAUGGCGUUUGGUGGCCGGGUUGCGGAGAGCCGCCGGCGCUCCAGGCAGCAAUGCCAUCUGGGUUGGGUGGUCUGCAGAGCUGUGGGACAGGACAAGCUGGGCCCCGUAUGGGCUUCCAGAAACCAAAUAUGUGUUAUGGCCAGUAUAUGUAUGUUGCUCUUUAUUUAAUACCAAAAGCCGUCAUCUGUUGUCAAAUUAAGGCCAAUAGCCAUUGCUUGACUGCUCAGACUUUCCACUUGUCCACCUUUGGAGUGUUAGCUUAAGGGAAACGUGCCUUCCAAUGGCAGUAUUCUUAUAUUGAAACGAACCGACAUUGGCCAUGGCUUUCAUAUUGACUUUCAGUACAUAUUGCAUCCAGACACUAGCAAACUAUGUAGCAUUUCCUUCUUUCCUUGUCUUUUGGAUCUGAGUGAGCUCCAAGUCUGUUUACCCUCAAUUUGUGUGUGUGUGUGUGUGUGUGUGUGUGUGUGUGUGUGUGUGUGUUGGGGGGCAGGAGGGGAGUUAAAAGUCUUCUCUCUCCCCUCAGGAUCUUUCUAUUCAUUUGGGUUCUAAAUGGCCCCUAGCUGGUAUUAUUGGACUCAUCUUUUAUGUGAGGGAAUGGGAGGAGGAAGAGCCGUGGCUUUCUGAGAAGAUGCAUUAUUUCGGCCCCAAAAUGUGACAGGAAGUUGAUGAACUCGUCCCAGUGGAAGGACUUGGUGUUCUCACAGGAUUCUCUUCACUGGCAUGGAUGAUAUCCCUUAGAGAAAGGUUUAGAUCAUACUGGGUAAAAGGAAGGAUAUGAAGCCUCCCCGAGGGGCCAGUGGGCUAUUUCAGAUGAAAAGGGAUGAGGAACAUCAUAGCAAAUUGCAUCCUAGACAAAAGAUUUCCAAUUUUGUGAUGGGCACUUAAUAGGCUCUGAAUGAAGCAGUCUGUUAUUGUGAAGAGAAGGAAUUGGGAUAGGCUCCUGGGAAUGUCCUUCAAUGGAAUUGGCCUGAAUUUCAACAUAGAAUACCCUGUUGGUCUUGGGAGGCCCCUGAUCUUUGGGCUCUACCCAACAUCCUAGAGUUUUCAAAGUUCUUUAGCCCACCCUCAUCCUAAUCUGCUUCCAUCUUUCCAAAUACAGCCCCACACACAGCUUCUAGGCAUCAUUUCCUAGAGGAAAGCUUAACAUGUUAAUGACCAGAAGAGGGUCCUUUUUCCUAGGGUCUGGUGGUCUUGCUCUUAUCUCUCAUCAGAGCUAUCUAUUCGUUGGGGUGGAUUGGGAGAGACUCGACAGUAUUGUGAGAUAUUGGGGAACAGGCUAAAAUAAUUUCCUGUUCUCUUAAUUUUGGGCCCAGGAUAGCUAAAUCCCUUUGUUGUCUCACUUUUAUUCAAUGGCUUUUUGAAGAAUGUUCUUGUAUGGAGGAACUCAUGGUCAGGAAGUGAAGUCCUUAGUAGAAAUUUUACCCUAGAUCUUUGCACAUAUUCAUUUUCUGGAAAUGAAAGCCAACACUAAGUGAUAAAUAUUAAUAUAAAAAGCAGGUAAUUGUAAUUUCUUUUUGGUUUUUGAAAAUAUUUUUAUACUGAAAAUUAAAUAUGUGAAUACUUCCAAUGUUCUAGGGAUUUUGAACACUCCAGACAAUAUUAAGAUUCUGAUUGCUCAAACUUCCCAUUCUGGCCUCAUUUCUCUUUGGGAAUUGAUACCAUUACCCCUCAGAUUCAUGCAGAGCAGAACCAUAAAGCAGAAUUGAAUUCUUUACAAAUUUGCUAAUUCAUGCCUUUCCUGGGACUGUAUUAUUUUGGCUUAAGACUUUUUCCUUUAAUUUCUCCUGGGCAUUUGUCAACAUAGAUCCAACCAAACAACCAAAAAGAAAGUGGGGAUAGUGUUAGUAACUAAUGUUAAGAAUGUCUUGGAAUAAUUAAUUAUUCCUGAAUUAUUUAAUCGAGUUAUAGUCUGCUAAGCAGAAUAGAAAGCAGAUUGGCUUUAUGAGCUAUGCCUCCGGACCCUAAAAUUCCAGUGGACAGGCAUGUUAUUGCCCCAGGUCAGGAAUUAUAAGCUAAACUUAGGUACAAUAGAAGCUCUUGAAAUAGGGAGGCCUAAGAGAAGGAACAGGUUGGGAGCCAGAGCAAAAAAAAUGUGGUGGGACCAAGUCUUAAAAGGUGAUGAUUGUCUUGCAACAUGCAUAAGUUCUUUGCACCUAAUGGCCCAGCAUUCUCAGUCUGAAAAUAUAAUUGUUAAAAUACAAGAUUUUCUCUUUGACCCAGCAGACAAAGCAUUUGGCAAACAUUUCUCAAGACAAGAAUUUUAAUCUAUCUGGAAACCAAAAAGCCCCUCUCCAAUUCCACAUCAGUCCUUGACUCCUGAAGUUCAUGGCUCACUAAGACCUAUAGUAGCAUUGUUUGGACAGGCAGCUGUGGUUAGGUACAGGAAGGUAGGCAUUGUUGGAGCUGGCAGUAGAGUCCCCAAGUCUUAUUGGUCGUUUUGUCAUUCACAUGUUUACCAGAAGGACAAUCCCAACUAGACUUGCUCCCUGGGCAGGCAGUGGAGAUGCCUUGGAAUGUCUGGCAUGGAAAGAGCUUCACUCUUUCCCCAGUGACUGAGAAUGGAAAGGUUGAUGGAAGUACAUUUAGAGCAUUGCCCAGGUUGGUCUUAUUUCCUAAAUGAAUUUUUAAUUGGAACAAUAAUCCCCUUCUCUGCUCCAAUCAGUGCCAGAGAAUGAUUCUUCUUAAAUGCAAUUAUUUAAGGAAAUACAGGGAUAGUCAUAUGUGCCUUGGAGGUGGGUGUUCUGUGUGUGUAUGUGUGUGUGCAUGAGAGAGAGAGAGAUGAAUGGAAUGACUGAAUGUUUGUGUGUUUGGGCACAAAUAUUUGCCUGAUGUGCCGUGCUGGGUGACCCUGGAUUCUCCUCGACUAGUGUAGUACGAUUUCCAAGCCUUCUGAUUCAUUACUAAGAAACCCUGCUGUCUUGAACUUUUUACUAACCCAUUAAGCUCGGGGUUGGCAAGCCUCUCUCCAUUUGGUUUUACCCAUUCAUCUAACUGUCUCUUUCCCGAUUUUGGGGUUUGGGUUAAACUGGGGGACAUUUGGGGCGUGUUGUAAGGUCACAACAUGGACAGGAAGGAGAUGCACAGUCAGAUUUGUUUUACUUCAUCAGUCAGUGCAUCCUACUUGGAUGGACUCCUCAUACCUCAGAUCUAACUCCUUGUUUUAAUCACCAUUUCCAUUCUCUUCAGCAAAGCUGAUGUGGGAGCUCAGUUUAGAACAAUCUUCCCAAUUAAAGUUGUUCCGUACCCUUCCUUUUGAGGAGUGAACGUUAUCUUCCUGCCAAGCCUACAUUAGGAAGCUACUGAGGUCUCAUUCCAGGGGUCACCUUUCCUUUCCUUCAGAGAGGCGUCCCACGUCUGUACGCCAUCUUCUCUGAGGCCGGGUAUGGAAGGAAAGAAACUAGGUGUGCAGCUUUGGUGCGGUCUAGACUUCUGUUUGGAAGGAGGGACAGGGAGGAAGAAAUGUCAGAUGCCCUCCAGCUGCCUUUCUCCCUCCGAGUCCAUCUGCCUCAAGGUUUGCUUCCCACAGAACCUCUGCCAGCCAUCAUUCCAGACCGACAGCGCUUGUCUGUCGGCCGAGACCGGGCAGCUGGGCUUCUGGAGCUGGUCUCCAAGAGGAGGCAUUACCUCACGGUGGCUUUGUCCAGGGAGAAAACGUGGCUGCAGGGCUUGGACCGUCUCCUUCCUUCUCUCUCCUCCGGGGAUCUCCGCUCUCUGGAACAGCAACUCGGGUGCGCUCUGGCCUAAGCCGGAGCUGCCUCCAUGAUAAGAGUUGUGUCUUAAUUAUCAGCUGGGAAGUAAGGCCGAGGUGUACGGAACCAUUAGGAAAACAAAGUCCAUCAUUUGAGCCAGCUGAUGGUUGUUCGCGCACAGAGCUCCCUACCACUUCCCAGGCCGGAGUCCUAGCGCAAAGCAUUGUGGUCAAUCCGUAGGACAUGCAGGGAGUGCCUGGGAUGGGCCCCUUUCUGGAACUGGCCCAACUGAAUUUAUUGGGGAAUUCUACAGACCCUAAUUCUUACCAAUCCUCCCAAGAAUCUGUCAAAAGGGCAUCGUGACUGAGUAAUGCCAGGAAGGGGAGGGGCAGAGGUGGCGGUAGGGGAUCGUGGGGGCAGGGGAGGCCCGGGGUACCACUGUGGGAGGCUAGGGGCACAGGCAGUCCCGCCCUCCAGAGCCGGGUUAGUCCUCUGGGUCCCCUGGAGAGCGCCGUGUGCCGGCUUCAUCUUCAUCUUCAGAUGCCGUCGGUGCCCCGUGCCGAGGCCCCAUGUGGAGGGGGUCAGGCGCUGCCUGGUCAGAGUGGAGUGAUGACUUCUCAUUCCUGGAAUCCUUUGAAUCCUCACCUACAUAGGCUUUAUUUUAUAUUAUUAUUAUUUAUUAUCAUGUAAAUACAUCCUUCCCGUUUUCUUGCACAAUCUAAGAUAAGAAAUCCUAUCUGCUUAGAGCUCCUACACAUCAGGUCUAGGAUCCUGCCAUCUCCAUAGACGGGAAGGGAAGUCAUACGCUCAUUCUGCCCUCCUCAACUUGGCCCCGGGCCCUUGGGCCCUUCCUCCUAGGGACAAAGGCUGAGGAUGGAGACUAGGCCUUGACCCCCGGCUCUUCACUUGCCUCAUGAGGAGGCCUUAAGAGUGAUUGGUAGAAAUCUUUUGGAGAAGUAGGGGAUUCUCUCCCACUGGCCAGGAGACUCCUGGGUGCCUCUCCCCUUGCUGCAGAGACAGCGGUGGCUCAGGGUACGGGGAAGAACAAAAUUCUGUGCUUUCCUCCUUCCCAUUCAGGGAGCUGCUCUUGGAUUUAGGUCUCUCAGACCCCAAACUUAAAGCACCUCAGCACACUGUUAGGGCUACUUUCAGAGACUGGGGGUGGGGAGCGAUAAACUGAGGUUCAGGGGAAGAAACUCUGAAAUCAGCCCGGAACAAGAGAAGAAGGAUGGAGAGGGAGAACAAAUUGUGAUGCUUUAGUCAAUCGAUAACCAACAAGCCUAGGCCCUGGGGAUACUGGCAGCUUCAAAGAUGGCACAUCAGGCAAGCUCUGCUUCAACCCUCUUGACCGUGCUGGACAAGCUUACCUUUAAUUUCCUCUGCCGAGGCCCCCCAAAUUGGAAUGGCCUCCAUUCCCCAACCUCAGAUUGCGGAAUCUGUCUGGAUCACGGAAGCUGCCUUGUCCCAUCUGAGAUCUUAAAAUGCCUUUUUCUUUUAUUUUGAGGUACCCAUUUUCCAACACAGUGACCAUCCUCUCGUCAGCUCAGGGUGGCCAAUGUAGGCUGCCUUGGCCUUUGGAAAGGACCCUCGUUAGGGUCUGAUUUUCAUACUCUGGUCUUUGUUCAUUGUAUCAUAGUGUACAUUAUGUGCUUUUCUGAGAUGGAGUCUUCUGAAUCCAGUAUUUGGGGCUGUAUCCAUAAACCCGACUAAGCACAAUGACAGUGGUGGAUGAUGUGUAUACAUUUCAUAAGCUGAUUGUCAUAAUGAAUGCAUUUUAUAAUUCAAAUGAUGAUGUAGAUUUACAAUCUCUCCUAUUUAUUUUGUAUGGAUUUAUUUGUAUAUUUUGUGAUUUGUUUAAAAAAGGGUUUUAUUCUUUUUAGAUAAAAUGGUGAUUUUUCUGUUCAAUUUUCCGGUGGCUGUGUUGUUCCCUGUUCCAAAGGAUGCUCAAACCAUGUAUUUUUCACUCCAGCUCCUCUCCGUGCUCUGAAUGCAGCCCUGGACAAACAGAAGCUUUCCUGCUGGCCAGUCAGCUGGGCAAUUUCUUUCAAGAUACGGGCACCCUCCAACUGAGCUGAAAGGGCUUCCUGGCUCCAUGUCUGGGGAAUGUCCUUCCAGGAUAGUGUUUCCCUUCUCUUGGGUUCUAGAGUCCAUCCUCCUCUCUUCCUCUCCCCCCAGCAAACUAACAUGGACACUGUGGCUCUACUGGAGCUUCUCAAAGUUCUACAAAACACACAGCUCUACUGAGCCAUUUUAUAUCCUGAGCAAAGCAUCUAACUGCCUACGAGCCACAGAUAAUUUUCAGGCCGUGCCCUUGGGCCCGAAUGGGUUGGCAGACCUGGCUCGGAAUGUCCUCCUCCCUCUCUCCAAACCACCUGUGCCCAGGGCAGAGGAAGGAAGAAGGCCGGAUGAAGGCACGGACCUUGAAGCUCACUUGCUGAAUUAGAAGCCAUCCAGGUCGGGGCGGCAGCAGGUGAUGGAUGGUGGGGGGAACCCCCAAAUACUUUGGGAAAUCAACAUAGUAAGUGGUUCCCCGAGUCUUCAGCCCAUGUGGUCUUCACGAUCCUCGUGGGUCUGUCGUGUUGUCUGACCACAUCUCCUCCUUUGAUCUUUCCUUUUCUUAUGCCCUCAUUGCUCGCUGAAGGGGUUUUCUUGUCUGUUCCUUCAACAGCCCCCAUGAGCCUGACUGUGUCUGAGGUUUCCAAUAGCCUUCUCCCUAAGAAUCCAGCUGCUUGUUGCCCAGGCCUCUCUUUGCAGCCCGCUGCAUUUGAUUUCUGUUUGUCCUGUGGUUGGAGCCCUCUUCUUAAUGAAGAGCUAGUGGCCUUGCCUCCCCUUUGAUCAGCCCGCACCCCAGCUUUGCCCCCAUUUGCUUUAUCGGGAAGCAGGCUUGCGCACCAACAUCUUCUCUGAAGGUUAUCUGUUGUCCGCUCUCCUUUUUCACGGUGAACCUGCCCCCUCUGGCCGGUGCUUUCCCAGUCAUUUGCUUUGUCUGGUUCCAAGACUGACUCAGGAAAAGUGUCGAGGAAAAUGGUGGAAGUAAUUUCUUAACUGUGAGGACAACUACUUUGAUGCCUGCGAUGUCCCUUUGCAUCCAGGGGUGCACACGGUUGUCAGUUCCUUUCUAAGCUUUAUUGUGUGCUUGGGGGAGGAGGGGAUACAAAGUUGGUUCGGUCGGCCAGACGCCCUCCCAGCACAUCUCUUCAUCUCAGCAUGUCUAAUGAUGGAAUCCAAAUCAAUCAAAAGAUUCUUUGGGGAAAGUGAUUGGAGCAAAAAGAUUGACUUGAGUUGGUUUCUGGAAACUGUCCUUUUAUACUUUUUGAAAGGUAUUGACUUUAAUAAAGAGAUGAUUCCUAAUUAAAGCCGAAAACAAUUGAAUUAUGUUGAAUGGCUAAUAAAUACUUUUGCUUUCUUUGUA